AUGUGCCGUGCACUCAAAAGACACGCUGAUCUCGAUACACACUUUAGCAUAGAGAAGAUGAAACGUCUUCGUAUUGAUGAUUCCGAGCAGUUAAAGGAGGAGUUAGUUCCUGAUCAACAUCAUGUUGACCGUCCUUGUAAUAAACGUCAAAGGAAGAAAUCAUGUUUAGUUUCAUACGAUGAAGGAGAUACGGAAGAUGAUUGUAAUAAACGUCGAAGGAAGAAAUCAUGUUUAGUUUCAUACGAUGAAGGAGAUACGGAAGAUGAUGAUGACCUGAUACUAGCACUGGCAGCUUCGAUGCGCAACUUGACAACUACUGCUGGUUCAAACUCAAACGACACAGACGAAUCGAAAAUUGAAGAGACGGAAACCUCCGGCAAUAAGAAGAUUACGUAUCCAGAACUCACUAAAGAGCCGAAGGACGUUGACAAAAAGCUUCUCUGUAGAAUUGGGGUUCGACUUCCAGAUGGACGUAGAAUACAACGGAGUUUCCUCCGAACAGGUCCGGUUCAGAUGAUAUGGUCUUUCUGCAGGUCCUUUAUCGACGAAGCAGAAUUUCCAAGUUUUAACUUAACUCUAGUCAUUCCAGGUGCAUCAAAGACACUUGACUACGAAGAAAAGUUAACGUUUGAGGAAUCUGGAUUGUCUAACUCGAUGCUCUCUGUAACUUGGGAUCGAAACAUAGGAAAGCAAGAAUUGUUCCCUGUGCCAAUUCCCUCAUCCCUGUUCCCUAAAGUUAAACCAGAGUAUAAGAGAAGUAAGUGA